CGUUUUAUUUUCAUUUAUAUUGUAAAUUAAAAGUGAAUUAAAUUUUUUAACAUGGGCUUCGGACGCGGCGGCGGUGGUGGUGGAGGACGUGGAUUUGGAGGAGGUCGUGGUGGCGGCGGAGGCCGUGGUGGUGGCGGUUUUGGAGGAGGUGGCGGCGGAGGUUUUGGUGGUCGUGGUGGCGGUGGACGCGGAGGUGGUGGUCGUGGAGGCGGUGGCUUCCGUGGAGGACGUGGUGGUGGCAACUUCCAACAAGGUCCUCCUGAUCAUGUUAUACCACUCGGCAGCUACUCUUACAAAUGUGAAGACGAUUUGGUGUGCAAAGUAGAAAUCGAUGAUGUACCAUACUUCAAUGCCCCCAUUUAUUUGGAAAACAAAGAACAAAUUGGUAAAAUUGAUGAGAUUUUCGGAACUGUUAAAGACUACUCUGUCUCGGUAAAGUUAUCCGACAACAUGAACGCUAGCAGUUUUAAACAGAGUCAAAAAUUGUUUAUUGAUCCCUCAAAACUACUGCCCAUUGCAAGAUUUUUGCCAAAACCACCUCAGCCAAAAGGUGCCAAGAAGAAGGGACCUGGCGGUGGUGUUGGUGGCGGCCGUGGAGGCGGUGGAUUUGGCCGUGGUGGUGGCGGACGUGGAGGCGGCGGAUUUGGCCGCGGAGGUGGUGGUGGCCGUGGAGGCGGUGGUGGCUUCGGUCGUGGAGGUGGUGGUGGCGGUUUCGGCCGUGGAGGUGGUGGUGGAGGACGAGGCGGUGGCGGACGUGGUGGCAGAGGUGGCGGCGGCGCACGCUGGUAGAUUUCAUAUCCAUAUGUUGUAAGCAUUUUUAGAAGAGCUCCUGAGGUUACCCCACUAUUUAGAUUUAAGUAGACUUUCUAAUAUGAAUGUAUAAGUAUGUAGUUUACAAAAUAUACAAUUUCUGUGUAUAUCAAUAACAAUAAAUUUUAUACAUUUUAAUUAUUACUGAAUAACAACAUCAGCAUGUUUUUUAAGAAUAUUAUUAGGAUUUAAGUACAUCCAAGUGUACAUGAAAUGUUAAAACUUAAUAAAGUUUUUUUUUUCAAAAAAAUAAAA